AUAUAAAAAGCAAUACAAACGACAAGAUCAAGCAGUAUUAUAAUUAAAACCGGCUGAUAAACAACCUAAGCUUUGAAUCGAACAAAAAAAUGUAUGCAAGAUUAUUUUUAAAAUUAUCAGCUUUCUAUGUUUUAAUAUCAAUAACACAAGCUGCCACUUUUGAUUUAUGUGUAACAAAACGGGAAAAUAUAAAUGCAAAUUUACGAUAUCCAGUAAAUGACGAAAUUCAAACAAAUCGCCUAUUAUUGAGAGACUGCCCCGCAUACCCUUUCGUUGAUAAUGCUGUCGAUCAUAUACGCUCUUUUAUAGUUAACAAAUUGGAUUUGCCUCAUUUGGAAUGGCGAAUUUUGCAGGCAACGUAUACAGAUAAAGGUUUAUUAUUUGAAAUGUCUUCGUCGAAAAAUGUUGAAGAAAUUUUAGAGCAAUUUGCUUUGAAGUUGCAAAAUAAGGAAUGUACUUUAAAAACAACAAUGAAAAGUUUCUUUCCAAUGGAGAUACGCUGACACUAUAUUAUUAGUAAAUUGUAUAAAUUUAAGUAAAUUUUUAAACAAAAUUAACAAUAUAUUUUUGUAUUGAUUUGUAA